AUGCGGGUUUCUUCCAUUGGACGUGUACUUGCAUGUGUCAGCCUCGGGGCUGGCAUUGCUUACUCUAGCGCUAUACCGAUCGACAUGAAGGAGGAGCGCUCUACCGAAUCAACCGACAUAACCCCCGUGGACGAUUUGAAAAUCAAUUGGGCAAUCGUGAGAGGAGGUCUUAAAGUGGCCCGGGAUGUGAUUGUAGUGGCAUCAGGCGCAUCGUCUGCCAUUGCGGCAAUUGUGGUCUGGGCUAAAUCGGACAGUGCUGCGAACUCGUGCGCUCCCAAGAUAGGGACAGGCGUAUCGGAUAACGGAGGUCAGAAGUACAACUUCAAGUACUGGGUGACUACUACUGGAAAGAACUGUGACACUACUGCCCAGACGAAGACUGUUGCUGCCGCGAUUGAUGAUUCUUGGGAUCAGGUCCACAAGAACAAUUAUGACUGGGCGUGCCUCGAUUUCGGCCAUGGAGGUACUUGGCAUGGACAUCUGGCGGUGGCUACUGUUGGUUCGGGCCAAGAUGUUAACACCAUGUGUAACUAG